AUGGUCGCACGCCGGCCUUUUCCUCCGCGGAAGCGUUUCCGCCUGCGGCGUUUGCAGCGCCUUCUGUUCGGCGCGGCGCCGGCUCGCGCCGGCGCGCGGCGAACACGGCUGGCGAAGGCUGACAGCGGCCUGACAAAGGAGACGACUCCUGUGGCACCAGCUUCGCCUCGCAAAGAUGGGAUUGAAAAGGUCCAAGAGCACGUGAAGGUGCAACUUGAGAAGAGCUACAAGAACUUCCAGGCCUCGCGGGGAGCUGGCGAUCUCCAGCAGUUCGAUGCUCGCACGGCUGUGAAGCGCGUGGUGCCUCGAUAUGCUCGGAUCAAUGGGCUGGUGCCAGGAGUCACUUGGGGCGAGGUGCAGCGGCAGUUGCAAAGGACGGGGCACACCUUCUGGCGCCCCAGUUUGUCCGAAAAGCGCCAGGCCGUUCGCAGACCCGAAGGCUUGGAAGGCUCAGUGCCUGCUGGAAAGAAGAUCUACUACCGUGAUGUGCACCUCCCUGAUGUGCUGGUGUUCCGACCCAUGGGACAGUCAUGUGUGGAUGAUGUGAACUUGUUCGAUGAGGGCGCCUUGGUCUUUCAGCAGAAGGCGUCCAUGUUUCCAGCUCUAGCACUGGAGCCAGCGCCAGGUGCUCAGGUGAUCGAUGCUUGCGCGGCACCUGGAUCAAAGACUUCUCAGAUGGCAGCCAUGAUGAAGAACGAGGGAACCAUCUUUGCUUUUGAUCGGGACGGUCGACGGCUCCGGACGAUGAUGAAUUUGCUGAAGCAGAGGCAUGUGACUUGUGUCGAAGCCUGUGAGAAGGACUUCCUACAAUCUUCCCCGGAGGAUGCCAGGUACCGGAAUGUGACCCAUUUCUUGCUGGACCCCAGUUGCUCAUCAUCAGGCAUGACUGCACAACCCAUCUCAGAUGACCUGGCAGUGAAGCAGCUUGCGGAAAAUCAGAAGAAGGUGAUCCUGCAUGCUAUGCGCUUUCCUGCCUGUGAGCGCAUCGCUUAUUCAACCUGUUCCAUUUAUGAGGAGGAGAACGAAAAGGUUGUGCAGCAUGUCUUGCAAGACCAGCUCGGUGCACACUUUGAACUAGAAGCGACGCUGCCUUGGUGGCCCAGGCGCGGGUCCCCCAAGUUCGAAGAGGUCGCUUCGCGCUGUGUGCGCAGCAGCUGGGAGGACCAAACGAUUGGCUUCUUUUGCGCGCUCUUCGUCAAAGAAGAACCAUCCGUCCGGGACCGGGUAACGGGUCGGCCGAGGCAGGCCGUUUUCACGGCCGGACAGGCGGUUUUGGUCGUUGGGGGGCCGGAAUGGAGGGGUGGCGCGCUUUUGGAAGGUCAUUAA